ACCAACCCCCAAAACCGUUCAUAUUGAUUGAGAACCUUAUUAUACGCGUGUAGUGCGGUGAGACAAAAAUGACUUCUCAAAUAACUGCUAACGGAACGCAAAGAUUACCGGAGCCUGUUUCCGAACAUGAAGCGGUUCCGCCUCCCCCACCCACGGCGGCGGGCAGACCCAGACCCCCCACUUCACAGCUUUUUUCACGCGGCAAUCUGGCCAGCAGUCGGGCAACAGGAGGCGAUAAAUCAGGUCUUGCAAGACCAUCAACAGCAGUCCGGGCUGUGGGCUACGCUGCUAAUUGCGAGUCUGCUCAUCAAAGGUUCGAACAAUUUUUCCUGGAGAAGGCGAAGCAACAAACGCUCUCGUCAAGAGCCGCUGUGGAUGCCAUAAAGGAUGUAAACCCACAAAUGAAGUAUAAAAAUCUAGAGGAAAAAAUUGUGAAGCUCUUGGAGUCAUCUAUAGUUUUGGCCUGGCAAGGCUCACCCAAUAAAUUAUUGAACCUGGAUACAAAAUUGGCCGAGGCAUUGAGUAAAGCCAAAGAAGCAUUCUCAUUGGAUAGAACAUUACACCAAUUUCGAGACCAGCACGGUGAAAAUGUUUAUCACAACUUCGAUUUGACAUAUGCGCAAUACGAACGGAGUGAGAUGCACAUCGAAGCCCUCAAUACCUACAGCAUUAUGGCCAAAAACAAGAUGUUUCCACACGUCAAUCAGCUAAAACUAAAUAUGGGUAACAUCUACUACAGCAUGGGUAUUUACCAAAAGGCGGUUAAAAUGUACCGCAUGGCCCUUGAUUCUGUACCAAAGAGCUUAAGUCAGUUAAGGCUAAAGAUCCGUGAAAACAUUGGAAUCCUUUUUAUUCGCAUGGGCUCUUAUUCAGAUGCUGCUUCUAGCUUUGAGUUCAUCAUGACGGAGCGGGCAAACAUUAGAAGUAGCAUUCACCUCUUACUCUGCUACUUCGCCUUGGGCGAUGUGGAGAAAGUAAAGUUGGCCUUUCGGAGACUUUGUGAUGUCCAAACCGAAGCAAUAGAAUCGGAUAUGGAGAGUGAGACGAAUAUCAUUAAACUUCAACAGCAGGCUGAGCCGAUUCAACAAAUUGGCGAAACCGACGGGUACCAGUCUUUAAACAACGAACCAGUCACGGGCUCGGUUAUUAAGGCAGAAGGUGGCGGUAAACUGAACGAGACCGUAAAGUUUGCAGCCACAGUGAAACAUCGUUAUGUUGUCCAAGCACUUAAGAAAGACGAGCUGGCCGUAUAUAGAAAUGAACGUCGUAAUGCCGUUAAACGAUCUAUUACAAUGAUUGUAGACUUAAUAUCACCUUUUAUCGAAGAUAACUAUAAUGAUGGGUAUAAUUGGUGCAUUGAAAUCAUUAAAACUUCAAAUCUUGCAUGGUUGGCCAACGAACUUGAACUUAACAAAGCCUUAGUAUAUCUCCGACAAAAUGACGUUCAUCAAGCAAUUGAGACGUUGCAAAUGUACGACCGCAAGAGUGAGGGAUCCAUGACCGCCAGCGCUCUGACCAACCUGAGUUUUAUUUAUAUUAAAAUGGCCUCCCAUUGCGUUAACCAGUUACAUGAAAUAGGAUCGCUAAAAAACAAUGCGCCAGGAUUGAUCAACGCCGGCAUAGUGGAAUUGGGCUCGCACAACCUAAUAUUAGCAAGCGAACGGUUUGAGGGAGCUCUGCAACUUCAGCCGAUGAACUUUGAAGCCAGGUACAAUCUGGGCCUAGUGGCCUUGGCGCAGAAUGAUUAUGAACUAGCCGAGGAGCGUUUCGAGUUGCUAAAGGAACAACUUAUGUUGCCCAGCUCAGUUCAGCACAGUCAUGUAUUUUACCAGCUUGCCAAGCUGCAGGAGCGCAGAUUGGAAAGCGGACUUAUAUCUAAUUUUACGCCAGGGGCGGCUCUUCAAGCCUACCUUCAGGUAGUUGGCAUUUCUGCCUCUGACAUCGAUUCAAGGCUGUUUGAAAAGGUCGGCUCGCUUUACGAGCAGAUUCAAGACCAUCAAGAAGCAAAUCAGUACUAUAACGAGGCGUACCGCAUAAACAUGAGCGACAUCGGAAUCGCAAGCUCAAUCGGUUCAUAUUACAUCAAGCUUCAGGCCACGGAACGGGCACUUUUUUACUAUGAAAGAGCGGUAUUAGCCGAUCCUAAUGAUCCCAACCUAAUGUUACGUAUUGCCAGCUGCUUUCGCAACUCAUAUCUGCCUACCAAACAGUACCUCGGCCUUUUUCAAAAGAUACACGCACGAUUUCCAGACAACCUAACUUGCAUACGAGCUCUUAUGCAAGUUACCAAGUCGCUGGAAUUAGGGGACCUGUAUGAGAGGUACGCAUCGGAAUACACCCGUCUGCAAAGCCAACAGCAGGAACGUCAGAGCGAGCAGCGAUACCAGCAGCAGCGAUUCCCUUCAGCGGCAAAGUUUAGCAACCGCUUGCGAUCUAUCAGACAGUCAAAUGAAGAACACUUGAAAGAAGUUGGUGAAAAUUUUAAUAGCGUAGUCCAUACUCAGAGCCCCUACACGUCCAUUCUGCAGUUUGAUCCUUUGGGACCUCCCGCAGAACGUCCCAAAACUGGCCGACCACUACAAAGCAGAGACGAUGUAGAUGACGACGCGGAAAUGAAUCCCGAAAGCUUAUUGCCUAUUUGAAGAAAUCCUCUUAUAUUUGUAGACAAGUCUGCAAUUGGUGCAAUACUACACGAAAACAAUAAAUAUUUCACUUUUCCAAUAUGCAUAUACAUAAGCUAAUCGUUUACAUUUUGGAU